AUGCGGACGCGGCCUUAUCGCGCGCCAAGGGGCAGCAGCAGCAGCUGCCCCGGGAUAAUGGUGGCCUCUCGGUGGCCCUGGCAACGGCGUUCCAGGGCCAGGCAGGCUGGAACCCGGCGCGGUUGACUGCGCCCCCCGCCGGCUGACCGGCCGCGCCGCCGCCCCGGCCCCGUAAAUCAGGCGCGAAUCUGGAUCAGGUGUAGUCUCCGCCAGGCCGGCAUGAAGCUGCGCUUGGCAACGCCCGGCUCUCCCCGCCGCCGCCGGCCGCUCGGCGGGUUUCCUUUAGCCCUGAGGCGACGGGCAGGGAGCCUUUAGCGCUGCGCCGGAGAGACUCGCGGGAGGCGAGAGGUGAGGCGGCGCGCAAAAGUGGCCUCUCCAAACGCGCGGCGCUUUUUGCGCCUUGGUUUUGCGCCCGUGCGGUUGGAGGAGAUCCGAGGGAUUUCUCCCCGGCGGCUGAAAGAGGGGCUUUUGUUCCCCCGCGCUUUCUUUUCUCCCAGUUCUAGGUCACUCGACCCACAAUAGGACUCCUUUAGUCUCCUCGCCGCACGCGCUCUGGCAGCUUUUCAGGCGUGCGUAAAAACGGGGAAAGCUUUUUCUCUCGCUUCCCUCCCCCCGGUCCCAUUUCCUUCUCCCUCCCUCUCCCAACCACCUACCUGCUUGUCACGAGUUUCGACCCCCCCCUUCCCCUUGGAAGGGUUUCAUUUUUGGAGCUGAGCUUGUCCCCUGCUGAGGUAAAUGACUUAUUGCUCUGCUUCGACCGGGGGUGGGGGGUGGGAUGGGAAAGCAAACCAAACCUGCGUUAACUAUGCAGAGGCAGAAUUGACCAGGUGGGGGGAGAAGCCCCUGUCGUGACUUUCAGGCGUUUGGAAGCACGGACAGCUCCCCCCCCCAAAAAAACCCCUUGUGAAAAUGAUCCCUUCGCGAGGGCAAGGAGUAAUAGGGGUGGAGAUGGGCCGAAAGUCCCAAGGAAAUGAUUUCUUGAAGGGGGAGGAUGUACGAAGAAAGGGCUGAUUCUCACAGGGGCAUGGGUAGAAGAAUGACGCCCCCAAAGGUUGCAGUUUUUCCUUUGUCCUGGGUGUGUUUUAGGGGAGCCUUGACAAAAGCCAACGUUGGCAUGGAAAGAGGAGUCUUGGGUCUGUGUUCAAGUGCAAAAUCUAUCGCCAUUGUCAUUAAGGGGGGGGGCUGAAACUCCCCUAAAAGGGUUUGAACACUAUGAACUACUACAGCCACCUGUAUGCAAGUCAGUGCAAACAUCGCAAGCUUCUCUGGUGCAAUUCGGUGCUUUGUUUAGCAAGAGAGGAGGUUGGAAAGGCGGUGAGCAUAGCCUCUGGUCUGAAAUAUUAAGAGUGAAAGGCGCUGUAAGAUUGUUGCAAAAGCCAGCAGUCUUCAGUUAGACACGGGACCCACAUUUAACCCAAGUGUGCAGUUGAAGACUCAUUUUUUUAAAAGAACAACAACAACAAAUCAAAUAUUUGUACGCUGUUGCAACCCACCUUGGAUCGGGCUGUGACCUAGUAGUGGUCCCACACCCACCAGUUGAAGACCCAGUUCAUGUUAGCUAAUUCUCUUAGCACAUCCUGCCUACCUGUUAUAGGGAUAAGACAGUUCCCUAUACUGCAGGGAUUCUUGAAAAUGUAAGCCUAACCUGCAGUGUGGGGAGAGAAGUAGUGGUUGUUGUAAGGUACUCUUUCAGCUUUAGACAUGCCCAGGCUGCAAUACUUUCCAAAGGUUGUAAAACACUUGGAGCCUGACCUGCAGUAUUCAGUGUCCACUACAUUGCAGGGCUGCUGUAAGCUACUCUCUUCCAGCAACAGCCCCAUCCAGCAAUUUGGGGAUAGUAGACUGCUUUUGCUUUGUAAUUUGCUUUAGCAGGUUGGUUUUUUAAAAAAAUAGUGUAUUAGGAUUUUCUGUUGCAUCAGCAGGUCCUCUUCCAAUUCGGACUUACCAAGUUUCUCUACCCCUCCCCAACAACCCCAAAUUUGCCCUUAUAUUUUUGGGGGUGGGGUAUAUGGACUCACUUGCUCCCAACUACAGCUUGUUAUUUUUCCUUUGGCUUUCUCCUGUCUUCCAUCUCUGGGUGAGAUCCAGGAAGUGACCUGCGAGGUGAAUGAGGUGGUUAUUAUUAUUUUAAAUAAAAAACCAUAUAUGCACAUUUGCAUGUAUCUGCCUCUCUCAACCAGUUGUCUGUUACUCCUCCCAACUCAGCCAGCUAAUAUUCUGUGCCAUUGAGUUGUUAUGUUUGGGGCUUUCUUUCCCCCAAAAUAUAUUUUGUGAGUCUGCAAACUUUGAAGUUAACUCUUUUAUGCAUACAUCUCCUGUGGUUUGGCUCUGGUUCUGCAAGCACAAGAAGACAGAAAUUGUUGUACGGAAAAUGCAGUCUUCACACACUGGGAGAUGUUCUCAAGACUACUGAAUGCAGAUCAGGUGUCUUGCUGUAACAGUGCAGUCUCCUUUUAUUGGUUUGGACAAAACUUAAGGCUUCAGGUCCUGUGCAUACCUAGGCUGAGAACACAUUACCAUUUACUCUGCUCCCAGUGUGCUCCCACUGCUGGCUUUUGAAUACAAUUACACAAUGUUACUCAUGGUUCAGAGCUACCCAGUGGUUUAGGGGUUGCCAACCUGGUGUCAUAGUGCCCACAAAGGCUUUCACAGGUGCCCCAAAGCUUUCAUUUAAACAAAGGGGGCAGGGAGUAAGUAUCUAGCCCUCCUGGAAAGUUAUGCGGCGAAAAGUACAAAUGCCGUCUAAGCACACAUUUCUGUACUGGUUUGUUGGUUGGAGAACUGCAACACAAAAUAGGGAGAAGUGUGAAUUUCAAAGGGCUGCUGUGUUUCUUUCCCAACCCUAUUUCCGAGUAAACUUGAGCAGGAUUUAGCCGCAAGGGACUCUCUUAUUCUUUCCAACAUUUGUUGACAGAAGUGUUCUUGUACUCUUUGUGCCACAGGUUGGGAAUUGCUUGAAUGAAACAUGAAUACCUUUCUGUAUGAACCCCACUCCUCCCAGAUAUCUAGUGCUUGAACCCUUCUAGUGCAUAAUCUAAACUUAAACCCUUCUCCCUUACAUACUUGUAUCAGGGAGGAAUCUAGGCUGGAACUCUGACAUUCUAGUUUUCUAUAUGCAGAGAAUCCUUUUUGUAUGGAGGCUUAUUAAAUCCCCAGAGCAUUCCCCCCCCCCCGCCCCCAUUGCUUGAAGCGAUGCAGCCAAGGCACAGACUGACCAGGUCAGGAGGCUUGGCUGACAUUAAGCAAACCACUGCUUCCUGGGUCUCAGCCUCAUUGCUUGCAUUGUGGUGGUCAUGAGUUUGACCUGCUUUGCAGGGGUGAUGUGCGAGUUGGUGAGCAAAUGUAUACGAAGCUCUUUGAUCCAAUUCAUAAUGUGUUGUGUGAAUCCUGUUUUUCUGCAGAAUGAGGCUCUGUGGAGCAAAGUGUAGUGCAGUUCAGGCUGUGUGUACACUCCUGUUUACUCUGUGUCCUCUAUGCUUCCACCACUGGUUUGUGAAGCCUCGUACACUGCACAACAUUAGCUGCAAUCCACAUCUGUUCUGUAGCUUCUUGAGAAAUAUUGCAUUUUGAUGAAUUCCACCCCACCCCCAACCAGCUUUGAUCUGAUUUUAAAAAUAAGUAAGACUUAACCCCCAGGCACUGUGGUCUGAACCACUGUGCUGCUUGGGCUUGCCGAUCGGAAAAUCGGCGGUUCGAAUCCCCGCGACGGGGUGAGCUCCCGUCUUUCGGUCCCUGCUCCUGCCCACCUAGCAGUUCUAAAGCACGUCAAAGUGCAAGUAGAUAAAUAGGUACCGCUCCGGCGGGAAGGUAAAUGGUGUUUCCGUGCGCUGCUCUGGUUUGCCAGAAGCAGCUUAGUCAUGCUGGCCACAUGACCCGGAAAAACUGUCUGCGGACAAACGCCGGCUCCCUUGGCCAGUAAAGCAAGAUGAGCGCUGCAACCCCAGAGUCGUUCGCGACUGGACUUAACCCUCAGGGGUCCAUUUACCUUUACCUAAAUGGGGUUAGGGUUGCAGCCUGGUGUAUAUAAAGCCAACUUCUGGGGUAUCCUAUUUUGCCCCAACAGGGAAACCAUCUGUUUUGUUUUGCUCCGAAAACCACAAGAGAAAAAUGGAAACCGAAAGAGAUGGACAACAUGUGGUGGCCCAUGACACUCAAGUGUGAGUUAUCCUGAAUGGGAUAUAAUGGGAAGGGAUUGCUGGUCAGUAGAAGUGAGUGUAUUUUCUGUGCAGAAACCAGAAAAUCCUGGGUUAAGACCCUGAACCUGCUGUAAGUGUGUCUAGUGACUCCAUGCCAUAGUGCGAGAACACAAAUAGAUCCUUCAACCCUUUUAUGUGGUUCAUGAAGUUUAUAAAUCACACCUCUUAAAUCUGUCCACUUAAGUCUUUUCUGCUGUUCACCUUAUUUUUUCCCUCUUGGUGCUCUAACAGCACUGUCCUUACUUCUCCAUAUUUAAAAUAAGCCCCCUGAGUAAUCCCUUUCAGGAUUGCAGCCUAAGUCUUCUUCCAACAACCCUAAUUUGGGGGGCAUUGCUAUUGCUCUUAAGGUGACUGACGUGAACUGCAUGCCGGUAUCCUAAAUGUCUGUCUGUCCAACCUCUUAACUCUGGUGCUUACCAUGCUAAGGGAAAAUGUGCAGCCAGAGACCCAAACAGCAGAACUUCCCCAUCUUGAAUCACCAGGUGGGGAAGAUAAAGAACAUCAGCCUUCCUUUGGCUGACAAAAGCUAUCUUGUACCAAGAACCACCUGAAAACUCUCAGAACCUUCUGUUUUGAUGAAUCUUGAGGGGAAGGGAAACUCGUGUAUGCUGGCAAUUUACUUGGCUUUGCAUACUAUUCCAUUUGUGAUAACACUUGCCUGCCUUGCACACAGGACGCGGGUGGCGCUGUGGGUUAAACCACAGAGCCUAGGACUUGCCGAUCAGAAAGUCGGUGGUUCGAAUCCCCGCGACGGGGUGAGCUCCCGUUGUUCGGUCCCUGCUCCUGCCAACCUAGCAGUUCAAAAGCACGUCAAAGUGCAAGUAGAUAAAUAGGUACCACUCCGGUGGGAAGGUAAACGGCGUUUCCGUGCGCUGCCCUGGUUCGCCAGAGGCGGCUUAGUCAUGCUGGCCACAUGACCUGGAAGCUGUACACCGGCUCCCUCGGCCAAUAAAGCAAGAUGAGCGCCGCAACCCCAGAGUUGGUCACGACUGGACCUAAUGGUCAGGGGUCCCUUUACCUUUACCUUGCACAUAAGUGGGCACCUGGGCAGGUCAACCAGUGUUAGAAACUCAGAUAUAUAAGCUAGUUGCCAAAUGGCUCCUUAAACCAAGUUUGCAGUCACCAAAAUUUCUGGACAAGGCAGCUCUAAAGUCUUCUUUUUCAAAUGAUGAACUGACUGAUUGAUUCUCAAUCAAACAUCUGGCUAAUUUAGAUGACGACCUUGAGCUAGGUUAAGAACUUGGAAAAGUUGAAGAGGAAAACCUGCUUGACCCAGGUGCAGUCCACAUAUAUGUUGGCCUAUUCCUACCUCUUUUUCUUAAUGGGGACAUGGACCAUUCAUAAUGUAGGGAUAUUCUUCACAGCUGUGAGCAGGUCAGUGAAGUGGGGUAAGUGAAGGGCAAGCGACAACAAUUAACUACAAAGUCGUUUGCUGCUCUUGCUCAGGCUGCACAGAAAUGACGUCUUGGUUCCUGAAAUUUAUUCUGAUGGUGCAGAUAAAAUAUAACUGAGAAUUCUACAUAAUGUGGUACUAGUGUGCGAAAAAGGGACGCGGGUGGCGCUGUGGGUUAAACCACAGAGCCUAGGACUUGCUGAUCAGAAGGUUGGCGGUUCGAAUCCCCGCGACAGAGUGAGCUCCCGUUGCUCGGUCCCAGCUCCUGCCAACCUAGCAGUUCGAAAGCACGUCAAAGUGCAAGUAGAUAAAUAGGUACCGCUCCGGCAGGAAGGUAAACGGUGUUUCCGUGUGCUGCUCUGGUUCGCCAGAAGUGGCUUAGUCAUGCUGGCCACAUGACCCGGAAGCUGUACGCCGGCUCCCUCGGCCAGUAAAGCGAGAUGAGCGCCGCAACCCCAGAGUCGGUCAUGACUAGACCUAAUGGUCAGGGGUCCCUUUACCUUUACCUUUUUAGUGUGCGAAAACAGUCAAGGGAUCCCCAGGCAGACACCUUCAGAUGGUGGUGAUGUCCGGCACCAUCCUGAUGCCCAGAUAUCUUCACUUGGUCGCAAGUGGCCGAUAGCCAGGUACAAAAUGCGCCUGGCGAAUUUCGAACACUGAGGGCAGAAGGCUGGUCUCCACAAAAUGCCCUCUCUGCGCGUGUCUCUUGCUAUCCCUGACCUUGAUCUGCUGCCUCCAGUGCUUGAAGUCUUGUGAGAAAAGAGAUGGGUGUAAAGUGGUGGUAGCCUUUCACUCAGUAAAAUUGAGAAUCUGACACAACUGCUUUCCAUUAAGCUUUCACCGCAGGCUGGUACAAGCUCACUGCUGAAAUCCGUUAACUUUCAGAGAGGAGGUGAGCUUGUUGACUGCUUGUUAACCCCCAUCACUUUAGCUCUUAUUUCUUGUCGCAAGAAGGAAUUCUGUUAAUAUAUCUGCUUCCCCAAUUAAUUCCGUGGCAGAAGUCGGAUCAGGGAGAUUGAAAUGGAUCUUGACGAUGGUGCUGAUAAAGAGGAAGCUGAAUCAGACUCUUCUACAGAGUGAGUUGAACUUUGAGAAAAUGUGCCAGACAAGUAGGAGUGAUGGAUUACCUCUUCAUCGCCUUCUCUCUGCUUUUUUAAAUUGAGCUUGCUGAAAUGACAGUAUUCGUUUUGCCAGCUCCGACUGUGGUCCUCACGAAACUUAACAGUAUCCUAUAUAGCAGAGGUUUCUGUUAAAUAGUGGGUAGACAUAGCAGACGACGCAGCGAUUUCUCCAAAGCUGCUCUUUAUUUGUAAGUUGGAACAGAACCGAACUGAAGGGUUCAGCCAGCUCCACUAUAGAGCUCCACUAGAACGCAACAGUAAUCAUUUUCUGUAACUAUCCAAUCACUGAACGUCACUUUCAUUCCCUUAUUUGCAUAUGUGGACCUGAGUGAAAACUAUCUACAGUAACCCCUGCUGGCCCAGGGUGAGAACUUCAGUACAUAACAGUUUCUACCUUUAUUUCUGCCCAAUGACCGCAUGGCGUCCAGUUUGCACCCCUGUGGUUUGUGACGUUGGUCACAAUCCAUAUCUGUCCUUGAGAAAUAUGCUGCAUUCUGAUGUGUUUUCCCCGAGCCAGCUUUGAUCCAAAUUGAGAAAAGGAACGACCUAGUUGCAGUUUAAGCCAGUAAUGGGAUCGCAGCCUAGAACCAGGAGCCCUGGAAAAGCAAUGUUUUUAAAAAUGAAAAGCUUUGAAUGCAGUAGGUAUACAGGUGUCCAUAUUGCCACAAUCAUAUAGCUGAAUGACAGAAAUUGCUAACUUUAACCGCUAUAAAAAUAGCUGCCACUACUUACGGACUUGAGAAGGGCUUUUUUGUUGCAAUUAAACAUUUGCUUGUGAUUUAUGUGCCUUGUUUUAUAUGCUUCUUUAUGUAUAUGAUUUAUGUUUUAUUGGCAUUGUUUUACAAUGAAGGGCAGGAUCGAAAUAUUUCAGGUGAAAUACCUUUUUGUUUGGUAGGCUUGAUUUGUUCAGUUACUAUAUCUUUGAAACUCUGAUCAUAGUCAUCAUCAUCAUCAUCAUCAUCAUCAUCAUCAUCAUAAUAAUAAUAAUUUCCCUUUCUCCCCCUGAACCAGCCUAAUAAAGAAAAAAGUCUCCCAGUUUGUGAUGUCUUUUGGAUUCAGGUAAGUAUUACCACAACAUGAACAUCAGUGAAGCAUGGGAAGGCAGUUGUAGAUUGGCAAACUGAUACCUUACAGCUUUCUACUUACAGAAUUGCGAACAUGAAAAUUGCUCUCAUUUAAGGAAAGCAACUUUGAUUCAUUCGUUUUCCCAGCCAACCAACUUUCGGUGGCUUAAGCAUAAUUUCUAAGCACAUCAAACGCUUGCAAUAUGGAUGUUUCCAUCUGAGUAACAUUUGCCCAAAUCUGUAUUGCACACAAGUCUGCUUCCUGGUUGUACGACACAUAACGGGAUAUCAGUUUUCUGGAAACCUGAGAUCAGCCAAGAUACUUGCAUUAGUAAGUUGCUUUGCUCUGCAAUACAGCUGCAAAUUGGUUGCCACACCUUUCUGCCUGCUGAACACGUGGACUCCUCUACAGACCAAAGCUGAAUUGGUGGACAAAGAUUGCCCAGUUCUUUAUUGUGUUAAAUAGGUCUUCAUAAAAGCACAUUUGUCUAUCCCUUUUCCAGGAGUAAUAUUUGCACUACAAUGAAGGAAACUUAUUUUUAUUUCCAUUUGCAUGAUUCUUCCCUUGAAGUGACCGUCUUUCUCCUUUUCUUCCCCAUUCCCUUCGCUUGUUUUAGGCUUUUUGGAAUUGUGCUUAUUUUUGUGGACAUCUCACUUGUGAUUCUGUCUCUAAUGAUUGCUCACAAAUACCACUCUCUUGAUGUCAUGAUUGGAAAUAUCUCUCUGGCCAUAGCAUUCUUCUUCCUCUUUGAUGUCCUCCUGCGAGUGUCCAUUGAAGGGUAAGAGCAGGAACCAUUGUAAAGCUGUGCUGCUGUGAAACUCUUGUGUUUUUAACUGCAUAAGUUUUCAUCGAAUAAGGCAUUGACCUUGCAUUCAGGGGGCUAGCAGAGAGGUCUGAAAGUUCCCCAUAAAACCCCUUUGCAGCAGUAUUCUUACUGCAUCUGGAAUAGGGAGAAAAGCUUAAAAAGUGUUCUUUAGGAAACGGGAAGAGCAAGUGAAGCCUGUUGUGCUGACUGCAACUGUUCAGAAUCCCACCACCUUUUUUCAGGAUAUUAUGUUCUAUACACACACACACACACACACCUGAUUCAGUCCCCUCCCCCCAUUUUAUUCUUCCCCAGCAGUCAAUAUUCUGUAGCCACUGAGCAUGCUCAUUCCUAAUUAAUUGGUCAUGGGUACUGGGGUGUUGUUUUUUUUUCUUUUCAGAGAGUGGGGGUUUGCCCCCUUAGGUUUUUUUCCCUUUAAGAAUUUUUGCACUUCUGGAAACCUCCCUUCCCAAAGCUUACAGAUUCCUUCUCUUGUUUCUUAGCCUCAUUUUGUCUAUGCCAGGGUGGACUUUGUUAAUCCUUUGUAAUACAGUGCCCUGUGCGAGGCCAAUAUUUUGUGCCCCCAAAUUAUGGGCCUGCUCAAUUUUGCAUCCCCUCAGCUCAGCGCACUGUGCAAAGGAACCACCCGCACCGGCCAAAAUCCUGCACUGUCAGAACGCAGUAUCUGAGUUGGCUGUUAGUGUGCAUAGUUGAGCUAUUCGUUUUGGUGCCCUACCCCCAAUAUGAUGCGCACCCGUGUUAUGGCUCGUUCAGUCUCAUAUGGCUCAUAUUGGCAUUCUCUCGUAACUCUUGUGUACAGGCCCAGUUCUGGGAAUGAGCAGACCUUACUUUAGCCCAACCUUUCUGGGAUAGGGGGCACGUUUGGAAUUUGCUGUGCAUGGCACUCACAAAAUGGCCGCAUGGCACAACAUAAAAUGGCCGUCACAUCUAGAAAAGCAGGAAAAGGCAAGGCCACUGAGUGUGUUCAGUGUAGCAGAGGCUGAACCGGUGCAAAUGGGAACAGGAAGACCGAACAGUCUUGUGUGCGUUGUGCCUUCAAGGGGAAAAUCGCAGAGACCUUAUGCAGUUGCCAUAGGAGGUUCUGGAGGGCACACUGGUCCCAUGGGUGCCCUGUUGCUAACCCCUGCGGGUGGCCUCCGCUGAACAGGGCUUUCCAGGACUAACCGUGGUUUAUACGCCGCAGCACGAUACUUGAACCAAAGUUUCCUUGCAAAAUUGACUUCUUAAGCCCCUACAUAUGCUAAAUGUUGAAUAAUCCUAGGUGGUCUACAAGGUACAGUGGUACCUCAGGUUAAGUACUUAAUUUGUUCUGGAGGUCCGUACUUAACCUGAAACUGUUCUUAACCUGAAGCACCACUUUAGCUAAUAGGGCCUCCUGCUUCUGCCGCGCCGCCGGACCACGAUUUCUGUUAUCAUCCUGAAGCAAAGAAGCACUAUUUCUGGGUUAGCGGAGUCUGUAACCUGAAGUGUAUGUAACCUGAGGUACCACUGUACUUGUCAAAGUGAGCAGUUGCUGCUAAAUCAUUGUUGCUAGUUGUCUUUUGCAAAUCUCUCUUUCAUUUCAGCUUCGAAAAGUACUUUGAAUCCAAGCUAAAUAUUCUGGAUGCUAUCAUUGUUGGGGUCACGCUGCUGAUCGAUUUUGUGUACGCCGUCUCUGACUUCAGCGGAAUAAGCCUCAUUCCAAGGCAAGGAGAGUGCAGAAUCUUCUUCCUUCUCUCUCUCCCUCCUCCCUCCUUCCUUUCAAAGAUGUCUGUUUUUCUUCUUUGGUGGUGAAGACAAAAUGCAAACAAGCAUGUGGAUAAUUUGGCUUUUAAAAGUGCUGGAUGUUGAGUGGGGCUGCUAAUGUAAUCAGAUCUUUUGGUGAAGGGCGGUACAUAAAUUUAACAAAUAAAUAUAAAUUUAAAAACAUUGCCCUCUAACAGGCACCUUGUGAUCACAUCCAACCUUUGGGCCUCUCCAGCUUCGUUUCUGUCUCUUAUUUGUGUUCAAAACCUCAUCAUGCAAUUUAUUUGUUUCAUUAAAUUUAUAAUACCUCCCUUCACCAGGGGAUCACAGGGCAUUUUACAGUGUAAGAGUGGUUCUUUUUUGUUUAAUGGUAUAUCAUGAUGUUUUAAACCAUAAAAGCUUUAAAAAAUAACCACAAAACAGUCCCUGUAUUUCAGUUGCUUUUCUCUUUCCCUUGUCCAUCAUAUUGUCCUCAUUUGGUUAGAUUUAGUGUACUGUGCUUUUUAAUUGGUUAUCUAGCCACUGAUAUCUUGUCAAUAUUCUAGCUUUUUGAACAGCACUCAGCACCCUUAAAGUGCUUUCAGUAUAUGGUGUGGAUUAUUUAUUUGCACCUAAACAUCAGGUAGGGACGUGGGUGGCGCUGUGGGUUAAACCACAGAACCUAGGACUUGCUGAUCAGAAGGUCGGCGGUUCGAAUCCCUGCGACGGGGUGAGCUCCUGUUGUUCGGUCCCAGCUCCUGCCAACCUAGCAGUUCGAAAGCACAUCAGAGUGCAAGUAGAUAAAUAGGUACCACUCCAAUGGGAAGGUAAACGGUGUUUCCGUGCGCUGCUCUGGUUCGCCAGAAGCGGCUUAGUCAUGCUGGCCACAUGACCUGGAAGCUGUACGCCGGCGCCCUCGGCCAAUAAAGCGAGAUGAGCGCCACAACCCCAGAGUCGGUCACGACUGGACCUAAUGGUCAGGGGUCCCUUUACCUUUUUAAACAACAUCAGGUGCUCUUUAUUUAUGAUAAGAUCUGGUCACAGAGGCUUAGCAUACUGAUAACUCUGUGCAGUUUGCAAGGACUGCACACUGACCUGGCAUGGCUACGAACACCUCCAUCUAGAAAGACACUUGAAGCUGGAGCUAUGCUGUGCAUUGUAGACAGACAUAAACAUGUCUCCUCUUGCGAGCUUUUCAUAUUGUUAUGCUGACCACUUUUUUAUCUCCCUUUUCACCAGAGCGGUUAUUAUUUUUCGUAUCCUGAGAGUUAUAAUUCUGAUACGAAUAUUUCGACUGGCAUCGGAGAAGGAACGACUGGAAAAGCUCACAAGGAGGAUAGUAAGCAACAUGGGGCCUUGUCAACUAUGGGAGCGAGACACAAGGUCUUUCCCCCUGGGGGGAGGCACAUGUAGUUAUCUUGGCUGCUUGCCUUUCUGCUCCUGUUUCUGUUUGACUUUUUUAUAUUACAGUCAUACCUCGUGUUGUGUUUGCUUCAGGUUGAGCAUUUUCGGGUUGCACUCUGCAGCGACCCGGAAGUACUGGAAAGGGUUACUUCCGGGUUUCGCUGCUUGCGCAUGAGCAGACGCUCAAACUGACAUCACGUGCAUGUGCAGAAGUGACGAAUCAUGACACUCGCACGCGCAGACGCGGGUUGCGUUCUGCUCAUGUUGCAAACAGGGCUCCGGAACGGAUCCUGUUCGCAAACAGGGGUACCACUGUCCAAGAGUUUGUAUUGCACUUUAGUAGACAUCCCCAAUAUGUUUUACAUAAACAAAUCAAUAUCAACAUUAAAAUAUCUAAUUGUUGUAUUUCUAUUUUAAGUUGACUUGAAGGACUCUAAUUAAUAGGCAGUAUAGAAAUGCUUUAAAAAUGUAGAACAAUCAAGAUCAGUCAUACUCGCAUGAUUCGGAGUGCAGAUAUUCAGAUUUCUCGCCUUAUAUUUAAGACUUUGGCUGCUGUUCUAAUUUUUUUUUUUUAAGCCGUUAUGGGCAGCCUUGGAAAUAGUGACAUCUGUCAGACUAAACUAGCCUAUUUGUUUCCCAACUUCCCUCUUUAAUUUUCUUCUAUGUGUGUUGCUGGCAGGUAUCAGAAAACAAAAGGCGUUACACAAAAGAUGGCUUUGAUCUGGACCUCACGUAUGUCACUGGUGUGUAUAGUAACUUGGUGAAAGGGAAGAAGUUGAUCAUUAUGAACUUUUCUCAUGGGAGCUUAGAGAGAUCCGGGCAGCCAAGAAUUGUGGAAGAAAACUAAGUGUGUGUGCGUGUCUGCCACUGCGUCCUUUGCUCUUGUCCUCUCCUGGCCUUGCUUCUGGGGCAGCUACUAACUGGGGAGACAUGGCAAUGCGUGCUCUUUGCUUGGUUAUCGCUUCUCUGAAGGAAGUGAAUAAGUGCCUAGGCAGAUGGUCCUGGGCAGUUAAAGUCUAACCACAUACAGCCAAGGCACUCAGAGGCACGUAAACGCUGCUUUUGCCACUCUGCCAAUGGAACAGGCUUUGACCUUGUGGUCAUACGAGUUGCGCUCACACCUCUCCUCUUUUGCAUCUUGGAAUUACUGUAUUUUUCGCUCCAUAAGAUGCACUUUCCCCCCUCCUAAAAAGUAAGGGGAAAUGUGUGUGCAUCUUAUGGAGCAAACGCAGACGGAAGGCUCUGCUCAGCGCUCCCUUUAAAGAACAUUUUUUCCUGGCAUUCCCCCUCUAAAAACUAGGUGCGCCUUAUGGUCAGGUGCGUCUUAUGGAGCGAAAAGUAUGGUAGCUCUUGAUUGCUAAUCUAAAUGACAAGACAGACUUGCGGCGCUAACACCUACAGUAGAGACUUUGCUUAAAUGUGAAAUGGUGCUGUGGACCAGUGGUCCUGGCAGAGGCUAGAGUGCUGGUCCAACAGGAGGGAAACAAAGCAUUCACUGCUGUCACAUGGUAGUCUGCUUACCCUAAUGUCUAGGUCUUGUGUGUGCAGGCUGUGGGUUCCGACUCCACUCUGCUGGGCCAUGGGCAAAGAGGGAGGGAGUUCCAUGUACAAGGAGCCAACACUGAAAAGGCAUACCAGAACUUGUCUUUCUCCAUCAGUGAAGAAUCUUAAACCUGUUUAAAUGUAUAUAAUUCCAUCUGUGUGCCUCUCUGUUGUCUAAGGGGCUUAAGGCAGCUGGGUAGGAAUCCUAUUUUUGUGUUAUAAGAACCCUACGAGGGAAGCUGGUCUGAGAUACAGUGAUCUGCUCAGCAAAGCUAACCAGUUAGCCUCAUAACUGAAUGGGAACUUGAACCUACUUCUCUCUGACCGAAAGCCCCAGCACAAGAGUUGGAUAAAAUUCUUAACACGACUGUGUAUACACGCAGCCUGUGUUCACAAAUGGCCCAUGGGUUUACGCUGUUUUAAAGUUGGAUUUAAAGGGGGAAAUUGAGAUAGCAUAGAAGAAGCUUCUUAGUUUGUCUUGUAAAAGUCUAGUGGUACAUGAGGAUGAACGCCUGAGCUGUCAGAAGACUGAUCUCUGUGAAAACAAAUACUUUUGAACUGAAAUACUGCAAGUUAUGAACCAGCAAAUGUGUUGCUGUCUCAGUAGACUUAUUACAGCCUUUAUGUGUGUGUGUUUCUAUCUCUCAGCUCGUGUUAUAGCAAUGUCCUUUCCAUCUUCUGGGAAGCAGUCUUGGUACAGGAAUCCUAUAAAGGUAGCAUAAAUUCUGAAAGUCUGUGCAAAUAGUUCUCACUGUAUAAAUAUGGCAUGUUGCUUUUUUAAUUGAUACGGUUUUUGGUUUUUUAUUCCACACUUGUAAUUUAAGAGAAAUUACGCCCUUUCUUCAAGUUCCUGCAUUGAGGGGUUGAUAAAAUGAUAAUUUACUUACAUCUUGAUUGCUGUAAUUGACUUAGAAACUAGAUAAACAACUAAAAUAUUUGCUUAAUUGGUGGCGAUUUGUUUUCCUUCCUUUCCUUGCCAGAUCUAAUGCCAGGCUGUUGGCAUUGUGUGUCUUCCCUGACAUUGUUCUUGAUUUUUUCUCUAUGAUCAGAGGGUCAGAGUUAGGAUUUGUUUUGGGCCUUCAAAAAUGGGUGUGCUAUGUCUUAGAAUUAUCAGCCAAUAAGCUGCAGGCGUUAAACAUUUUCUUCUCCACACUACCUUUUUAAGCAACUCAAAAGUCUGGUCGCAUCCACACCAUCCAUUUUAACACACACAUGGCUUCCCACAAAUAAUCCUGGGAACUGUAGUGAAGGGUGCUGGGAAUUGUGGCUCUUUGAGGGGUAAACUGUUGCAGUUCCCAGCAUUCUUUGGGGAAAGUGUUGAGUGCUUUGAACAUGCAUUAAAUGUAUGGUGUAGAGGUGACAGUAGACUUAAAUUUUGCCUAGAUGUCUACCUAAGCCAGUCUUCCUCAACAUGGUGCUGUCCAUAGGAUGUUUGGGCUACAUCUCUGAAUAUUGACCAUGUUGGCAGUGGCUUAUGGGUGUCCAACAAGAUUAGGAAUGCACCACAUUGACUUCCUCUGCUUUCAUUGGUUCUUAAUGUGUAUUUAAUCUCCCCGCUGAGGCUAAGCCUAACACAUUGCUGGAAUCCAACCACAUCUACAGCAAUAUGUUGGCACCGAAGACCUCUUUGCACAUGGGGAGAUCUCAAUUUUGCUUGAAUUGGCUUCUCUGAAUUCUGAAAUGGGUUUCACAAAUGCAUUGCCUCAUCAUUGGGUCCUAAUGCUUCUGGCGUCCUUUGAAUAUCUCCUCCUGCUUUUAUAGGAAGUUGCAAGGUUUUUGGAUACGAAACAUGAAGGCCACUACAAAGUCUACAACCUUUGCAGUAAGCAUCUCCUAUUUAAACCGUUUUUAAUUUAGUUAUGCAUAGAAUAAAACUUGCAAAGGAGGUGACCCAGAAACUGCAACUAAUCCAGAAUGCGGCAGCUAGACUAUUGACUGGGAGUGGCCGCUGAGACAACAUAACACCUGUCCUGAAAGACCUGCAUUGGCUCCCAGGACGUUUCUGAGCACAAUUCAAAGUGUUGGUGCUGACCUUGAAAGCCUUAAAUGGCCUCAAAGGCCCAGAAUACCUGAAGGAGCGUCUCCACCCCCACCGUUCUGCCCGGACACUGAGGUCCAGCGCCGAGGGCCUUCUGGCGGUUCCCUCAUUGCGAGAAGUGAGGUUACAGGGAACCAGGCAGAGGGCCUUCUCGGUAGUGGCACCCGCCCUGUGGAACGCCCUCCCACCAGAUGUCAAGGCAAUAAACAACUACCUGACAUUCAGAAGACAUCUGAAGGCAGCCCUGUUUAGGAAAGUUUUUAAUAUUUAACGCUGUACUGUUUUUAACACUUGAUUGGGAGCCGCCCAGAGUGGCUGGGGAAACUCAUCCAGAUGGGUGGGGUAUAAAUAAUAAAUUAUUAUUAUAUUAUUAUUAUUAUUAUAACCACAUUUCACAGACUCAUCCCUCCCUCCCUGGGUGACUUCACCUGUAACAGUGAUCCCCAGAAGUUUUGGUUGUGUUUGCUUAUGUAGAUAUUUAAUGAAAAACAUAAAGAAAAUUUAACAAGAAACAUCCCCAUGAACCACUAUGCUUAGGAUUGUGAGACAGAACACACAACAUUUCCAAUUUGAUACAGUGGAGUUGUGAACACCGUAAUGCUAUGGAAGCUGUAAAUUCGAAAUAACCACUUUGUAUCUGCGAAAUGGGGCUGUGCCUUCUCCCCCAUCACUUGAGGGGAGGGAAACAAUAUAUUUUUGACAGGUGUGGUUUUGUUUUUCUAACCCCACUCAAGGCAUUCAGUUGAACAAAAAGCUGCUGUUUGGGGUUGAUUUAAAUGCUCAAUAUCCAGACAUGUAGAAGCUGACGUGAGUUUUUAAUCUGUUUUUAGCUUAGCUGAUUUUAAUUGUAUUUUGAUUAUUAUUUUUUAAUACCUGGUUUUAGCUUGGUCUUCUAUUGGCUUUUUUUUGGUAAAUUGCUUAGUGGUUCUAUUUACAAUCAAACACUGAAUAAUUUUUUAAAAAUAAAAAAAAAUUAUAUACCCUCCCCCUCCCCUGCAGGUGAACAAGGCUAUGACCCAAAGAUAUUCCAUUACAGGGUGGAGAGAAUAUUUAUUGAUGACCAUAAUGUUCCCACUCUGGAGUAAGUAUAAUUUCAAGGUGCUUCUGUAUGCAUUUAAGGAGAGAAAAAUUAAAUAAAAAGACCCAUCAGGGCAGCUGAAGAACGCAAAUGGCUCUAGUCCAUGAGAAACCAGUUCAGAGAAAAUUAAAAAGCACGGUGCCAAUGGUUUUUUUUGUAAAUGGCAUUGAAACAAGACAUUUCCAAGCCAGAUGAGAUUUAACUUGGUUGAUGUUUUUCAUUUAUGUAUAGAUCACUUUCAAAAAUCUCUAAGCAAUGUCCAAAAAUUACUAUAAAAUUAUCAAUAAUGCACAGAAAACAAAUUCAAGACAAGUAUGCAUAACUAAAUUAUUGUCUGAGUUGGCUUGCUGGAAUAAUGUUUUUUAGUCAACUUCUUAAAAGUUUCAGUGAGGGCCUAGGAAGUUCCAAAGGGACGCGGGUGGCGCUGUGGAUUAAACCACACGGCCUAGGGCUUGCUGAUCAGAAGGUCGGCGGUUCGAAUCCCCACGACGGGGUGAGCUCCCGUUGCUUGGUCCCUGAUCCUGCCAACCUAGCAGUUCGAAAGCAUGCCAAAGUGCAAGUAGAUAAAUAGGUACCUCUCCGGCGGGAAGGUAAAUGGCGUUUCCGUGCACUGCUCUGGUUUGCCUGAGGUGGCUUAGUCAUGCUGGCCACAUGACCCGGAAGCUGUACGCCGGCUCCCUCGGCCAAUAAAGUGAGAUGACCGCUGCAACCCCAGAGUCAGCCACAACUGGACCUAAUGGUCAGGGGUCCCUUUACCUUUACUAGGAAGUUCCAAAGCACUGGAGCUGCCACCACAAAAGAUCAGUCUGCUUGUGAAUGUUGUUUGGCACUUGUAAUAUUACAAGUUCCACAGACCAAAAGGGGUCGGGCGCAUACACAAGCCAACCUUUCAGGUAAACUGAUCCCAAGCUGCUAAGGGCUUAUUACUGCUCUGAUAAAAUGAUUUGGUGUUAGGUCCCUGGUCCCCCCCAGAACAUCUCAGAAAAGAAAAAUUAAGUGAGAUUCCUCUUUCUGCCCUUAAGGGAGAUGGUCCAAUUCACGCGUAGCGUGAUGGAAUGGAUGUUACAAGAUGAAAACAAUGUCAUAGCAAUACAUUGCAAAGGAGGCAAGGGUAAGUAAGUCCUUUUUAGUGGAAACAUUGACAUGGAGCUGAAGGAGGUUGAACUUUUUUUUUAAGGUGUUUUGUUUUCUGUUUCUAGUUUACAAAAGCUUCUGGUGUUCCAGUAUUAAAUGAUCACCGUUAUUUUUCUGAAAUAGGUAGUUGAGGCAGAAUGAGGUGAGAAACUGCCUUAUUGCCAGGUCAGGCUUGUUGGUUCAACUAGUUCAGUAUAUGACUGUGAAGUGAAUUUCUAGGGUUUCUGGCAAGUUCCCAGCCCGUUUUGGAGAUGACAGUGUUCUUCCACUGAGCUACAGUCCAAAUAAUUACCUGGUCCAUCACAGCUCUUGGUCCCUCUUCAAAAUUUUGGAUUGAGGAACUCAGAGUUGGUUAUAUUUUGCUACUUAAAAUCUGCUAUUUUAAAGGAAGGUGGGUUGGAAGACUUCAAAAGUUGGAACUCUUGAAUAAAAACUGCAACUUAAUUAAGUUAAUCAUGUACAGUGGUACCUCGGGUUACAUACGCUUCAGGUUACAGACUCCGCUAACCCAGAAAUAGUGCUUCAGGUUAAGAACUUUGCUUCAGGAUGAGAACAGAAAUCGUGCUCCAGUGGCGCGGCAGCAGCAGGAGGCCCCAUUAGCUAAAGUGGUGCUUCAGCUUAAGAACAGUUUCAGGUUAAGUACGGACCUCCGGAACGAAUUAAGUACUUAACCUGAGGUACCACUGUAACUUAAAUCCAUUGGUACAGGCCCUACCCUCUAGAGUAGAAGAAAACAAGCUUGCUCCAUCUUCCACGCCACAGCCCUUUAGAUAUUUGAAGAUGGCUAUCAUCUCCUCUCAGUCUCCUCUUUGCCAGGCUAAACAUCCCCAGCUCCCCCAACCGUUCUUUGUAAUUCACAUGAUAGAAUUAUAGAGUUGGAAGGGACCGCAAGAAUCGUCUAGUCCAGCUCCCUGCAACACAGGGAUCUUUUGCCCAAUGUGGGCUUCAAUCUUGGGGUCGUGAGUUCAAGAGUCUCACGCUCUACUGACUGAGCUAUCUCUUAUGUAGCAUAAUCUGAAUGCGCUAGUGGUUCCCUUCUUGAGUACAACUUGAAUCCAACCCUGGUGGCUUUCCUCUGAAGUCUUGAUUCCCCGCCCCUUUUUUAAAAAUGCAGGUAGAACUGGCACGAUGAUUUGCAUCUGGCUUAUUGAGAACAGCCUGUUUGAAAGUGCAAAGGUACGUAAAGCGAUGGCGCACAUUAAACCCUCCCUUUGAACUUGUGUGCUUUAAUUCUCUCAAAGACCAAAGAGUGGCUUUUUUCUGUGUGCAGGGAAUGCUGAAGAAUGCCUUCCACCUGGGUGGCAAUUCAUUUAAGUGGCAUGACAACCUGAAUUUUAUAUACAUGGUUCAGCUCAGUUGCAGGAGGCGUGCGCCUUGUUUAUACUACCAGAAAUGCCCAGUGCACAGAGUGAAGGCUCAUCCCUCAAUGCAAUUUGGCUGAACCACAUAGUAAGCAGUAUGCAAACACUGCUACCACCAUGUGGAAUUUUUCCUGUCACUUCCAAGGGAAAUGUUUGAUCGAGUCCAGAGCUGGGGUGCCCUAGGCCCAGGUCCUGAAUACAGCCUUCAGGCCUUUCUUGCUUGCCUGGAUUUUUGAGAGUAGUGUACGUAGAAAUUAGCCUGCUAUACAAAGGUAAAAUUUGCAUCGAUUCCUCCACCUACUUUUGCCUCUGCCUUGCCUACCACUGUCAUGUGACUUCCUGGAAGAUUGCUCAGAAAGGAAUGCAGCUCUCAGAUGGGAAAAAAUGAUGAAAUUUGACUGGUAAACAUGUUACUUAACCCCAGGGUUGUUGCUGGAAAAAUUCCAGCAGUGUCUUUUGGGAGAGGAGGAAAAGGAGGUGGUGAAUUUGCCCUCUCCCCCCCCCCCCUCUGAGUGUCGUGGGAUUUAUGGCUUGAAUACUAUGGCUGUGCAUACAUUACCGCUUACUCUGGUUCCAGUGAAUUCCCACUCCUAUUUUUUAAAAAUCCAUGUACACACUACAGGCAUUCCAUCGUUUCUUUUGAAGUAUCACAUUUUGAUGUGAUUUUCCCCAAGCCAGCUUUGCUCCAGUUUGGGAGCUGUAGGCUUGCUCAGUGCACAGCGAAAUCCCAGGUGUGUACAACUGAAACGAAGAGGAUUUCCGCAGGAAGAGACAAGGCAGGGAUAACCAGCCCGGUAAUACUGUUCGUUGAACAGCAUAGAAGAUGGUGGGAGAGGAGCUUCAUUAGGAACAAGCAAUUGACACAAAAGAAUCUCCCCCAUGACUCUAAUGUAUCGAAGAUCUUCCUGUAAACAGAACAAUACCAUCAGAGAAAACCAAUGGUUUUGGAGAUGAAUGUUGUGUUAUAAGCCACUAAUGUGUACAUAGCCAAUCUGUACGCAGGAGCAAACUUCACGUUCACCAGACGUGGACUUUCCCAGCUCCUUUUAACUCUGCAGCCUCUUGUCUCCCUUGAAAACCUGCUUUUGGAGGAACCGUGGGAAUGGUGUAGGGAUAAGGCGUAAGGGAGCAGAUGAAAGAGGAAGUUGGCAAAAUCCACCCCACUCUAACUUGAACAGAGGGAAAACUUGGCCUCCAAACCUGUGUCUCUAAAAUAACACUUUAUAGUUCCUUGGUUUAAAACAAAACACUACAAGAUAUGGUGACACCUGUUAUCAUCUUCCUUUUUUUAGGAAAGUUUACAGUACUUUGGUAAAAGAAGAACCGAUGAAAGCACAAGCUCCAAGUUUCAGGGUGUUGAAACUCCAUCACAGGUAAGAGUCUACAAUGACGUCUCGGUUAAAGACACUGGAACCAGUAUCGUAGCAAGGGAUUAACACAACUUGCAGAAUGUCACGAUUUAGCUCUAUAACUGACCAUUUUUCCUGCACCACCCUUCUCAUACCCCUGCAUUUCUGGAUGGCGCCUAGAGUCCCUUCAGUCCAGCGAACAACCUAUAACACUUUGGUGUUAUAACAGGGGUCAGCAAACUUACUGCGCUUUGGGCCGGUGUCUCCAGUGGCAAUUGCAUGGCGGGCCAGAGGGCGGGGGAGCGCGUGCCCAUACGCGUGCACACAUGCUAUUUCCGGUGCACUUCCAGGUUGGAGGAGCACUGGAAAUAGCUUGUGUGCAUGUGCACGGGCCUCCGACCCAGAUGUGCACCGGAAAUAACGCUUGCGCAUGCGCAAAUAACGCACAUGCGCACAAGCUAUUUCCGGUGCUCCUCCGACCCAGAAGUGGGCAGUCAUGCAGCGCCGGUAAGAGCGGGCGGCGGGGGUCGCUGUGAGCCAGAUAAACGAGUCCCUCGGGCCUUAUCCGGCCCACGGGCCUUAGUUUGGGGAUCCCUGUUGUUAUGUACUGAAGUUCUCACCCUGGGCCAGCAGGGGGAUACUGUAGAUAGUUCAGGUCCACAUAUGCAAAUAAGGGGUCGAAAGUGACGUUCAGUGAUUGGAUAGUUACAGAAAGUUGUUACAAUUACAUUGUUCUGGAGCUCUAUAUAAGCAGGCUGGCUGAACCCUUCAGUUCAGUUCUGUUCUGGCCUGUGAAUAAACAAGAGCUGUUUGAAGAAUCGCUGUGUCGUCUGAUAUGUUCACCCACAACUUAACACCUGCGUUAUAACAUAUGAUGAGUCCAGGAUUUGGGAGUGUUUGGGUAAGGCAAGGCUUGCAGUGAUGGGGUUUGAAGGUCACCUUCUCUUGCAGCCAAAAGGUUGCUCUUACUUCAGGGUUGAGUUGGGAGAUUUGCUUUUAGCUUUGAAAAUGCUAUAGCUUGUUUGUAACUUAUUUCUCAAGGCGCGCUCAAAUUUUCUUUGCAGAAUAGGUACGUUGAGUAUUACGCAACCUUGAAAUGGAAGUACAACCUGCAGCUCCCAAAAGCGAGACCACUUGAAAUAAAAAGCAUAAAGCUCUACGCUAUCCAUGGUAAGCGCUGCUAAAAUGCUGUAGGAUUUCUAGUGGCAUUUAAUGUCCUCCUUUCCUCUGUUGUGAUGCAAGUUUACUUUUUAAAGAGUUUGCAGUAGACAAUUCGGCAUCAGUCCUUGAAAUUCAGCCUAAUCAUUGUCCUGCUAUCGCUAUUUAACCUUUUUUUAAAAAAACUUUUUUUUAGGAGUUGGGAAAGGCAAUGGCAGUGAUUUGAGGGUGAAGAUAAUAAUGGAAAAGCAAGUGGUAUUUCAUUGUGUUUGUGCAACCCAAGAAAACUGCCAGGUAAGGGACUCCCGGGUUAGUUUUAAAAGUCUGUCAUGAGUGGCUGGCGUAAUAAAUUGUUACCUGUCCAGAGUUUUUGCAACUGGUGGUAUAUUUAAGAUUCUUUCUGUGCGAUGGAUCUCUUAAUCCCUAUAAUUAAUGUGAAUUUGCUAGACGUGCUUUGGGGGUAUGUUUUUGAUGCAAGGAGAGCAAAUGUUUUGAGCAUUCUAAAAGUGAAGCAUUCUAGAAUUGUGGAAAAUGCAGUGUUUCUCACAAAUGGCCCUUGCAUUCCUGCUGUUCUUAUAAUUGUGUGGAAUCAUAAUCAUAAUUUAUUAUAUCUACCCCGCCCAUCAGGUUGGGUUUCCCCCGCCACUCUGGGUGGCUUUCAACAGAACGUUAAAAACAGAAUAAAACUUCAAACUUUAAAAACUUCCCUAAACAGGGCUGCCUUCAGAUGUCUUCUAAACGUCAGAUAGUUGUUUAUUUCCUUGACAUCUGAUGGGAGGGCUUUCCACAGGGCGGGCGCCACUACCAAGAAGGCCCUCUGCCUGGUUCCCUGUAACUUGGCUUCUUGCAGGGAGUGAACCGCCAGAAAGCCCUCAGAGCUGGACCUCAGUGUCCAGGCUGAAUGAUGGGGGUGGAGAUGCUCCUUCAGGUAUACUGGGCUGAGGCCAUUUAGGACUUUAAAGGUCAGCACCAACACUUUGAAUUGUGCUUGGAAACGUACUGGGAGCCAAUGUAGGUCUUUCAGGACUGGUGUUAUAUGGUCUCGGUGGCCACUCCCAGUCAUCAGUCUAGCUGCCGCAUUCUGAAUAAAUUGCAUGGAUGUCACAGGUGCUUUCGGGAUGAGAUUAUUGGCAGGCAACCCAGCUACUCUGUCAUUCCUGCAUCAUUUAACACAUUUUGCACAUUUUCUAGAAGCUAAGCACUUCUUCUGAACUGGAGUUAGGACUGGCAGCCUUUUAAACAAAACGGGGGGGGGGGGAUGACCACAUAUUGGUUCCACCGCCCCCAGUUAAUAUAUAUUACAUAAGUACAGCAUAUUUGUUAGAUUGGGACACACAGGAAUAACACACACAGGAUGAAAUGCGGUAGGCAGGAAUUUCCCCCCCUAAAAUACCUUACAUUUUAAAAGAAAAGCAUGGAUGGAAGAAAAGGUGUCCAUCUUCUAGCUAAACAGAAUUUGGUAGUAUAUUGUGCUCUAAAUUCUUCCCUCAACAGCAAUGCCUGUGAACCUUACUUUCCAGCUGUGUUCUCCUAAGUAGUAAUAGAUUAACAGGAGGGAGUGUUGCUAGGCGAUUUGAGGAGUAGCCAAGAAUUUUAUGUUUUAAUGGGGCCAAAGGAAAGUUACCAGACCAAAUUAGUUUUCAGAGGGCAAAUUAAGUUGGGUCAAUGGAGAGGGGGCUGCUGGGACCUUACUUGCCAUGCUGCCCCAGUAGGAGGCUAUAGUUGAUUCAGUAGAUAAAAGUUCAUGCAUUUUGUAACAAGAAUAUUUCAUCGUGAAUGAGAUGUCCCAUCUACUUUCAGUUGUUCUUCGAUGGCGAAAACGACUGGGUAGUAAUUGCUUUUGAAUGCUGUCCCGUAGUUAGCAAAGAUGUGAAAGUCAGAUUCGAAUCUUCUUCAUCUGUAAGUAAAUGAACUGUGGAUCUUUUGCAUAUCAGUCACACAGCAGUUGUGUCCUCUGUAGCCAUUGCUGACCCAUCUCAAACACAAGGUUCGCUUCGUUAAACACACCUUCUGGCCUUUAUUUAUUUCAGAUAUUUAAAUCCUGCUUUAACAUUCAGAAUUAUAAAAGUGGAUAGGGAAUUGUUGGUUUUUAUAACCUGCCUUUUGACCCAGUGGAAUCUAAAUCCUGAAAACUAUGUUGAAACUAAAGAUGCAAGAACACCUUGAGAAAUGGAAUGUGACUUGUGAUAUUUCAGAAAAUAAAGGAGGUGUUAUUGAAGGGAAGAUUUGAUUUAUUCCCAGUUUAUUGUGGAAACAAAACAACUAAUACAGUGGUACCUUGGGUUAAGUACUUAAUUCGUUCCAGAGGUCCGUUCUUAACCUGAAGCACCACUUUAGCUAAUGGGGCCUCCUGCUGCUGCCGUGCCACCAGAGCACGAUUUCUGUUCUCAUCCUGAAGCAAAGUUCUUAACCUGAAGCGCUAUUUCUGGGUUAGCGGAGUCUGUAACCUGAAGCGUAUGUAACCUGAGGUACCACUGUAUUGGAAACUAGCUUGACAUAGAAAAGGCCCGGUCAUAGGUAUCAGAGGAUGAGUUAUUUGGCAGAUGCAAUGACAAGCACCAAAUAUAAUAAAUGACAUUAAAUCUUAAAUUAAACAGCUGGUGUAAUGGCUCAGAGUGAUGUCUGUCUCCCUCGUUCGAAUAUUGUAUGUAGCAUGAACUCACAAUGAAAACUUAGGUAACAUGCUCUAGGCUGUACUCUGCGCUUAGAGAGAACUGCCUUCUGGGAUAUGUUGUGAUUGUAAUGCACGUGACACAUUUUGAACAUGGGAAAGCACUAUACAAAGGUUAGUAGGUAUUAAACAUUCCAUCUUUUUGCCUUUCAAAAUACAGGCUAUACCAAAAGGCUACGAUGACUGCGCUUUCUUCUUUUGGUUCCACACAGCCUUUGUAGAGGACAACAGGUAAGCUGUAAUGACCGACAUCAGAGGCCUGUGACAAAAAGCUAAGAUGCCCUCAAACUUUGGCUGGCUUGCGAACCAGGUGUGAGAAACUUUUAUCUGUGUGAAGAAAUGGGCCCAAUACAAGUCUCCGUUAUCAAGAGAAAGGCUUUGCUUUCUUCCAUGGGACUGCGAUAUAUUUUUAAAAGGUAAACAACCAACCCUUUCCCCUCACAUGACCCCACAGAAGAAAGUAGAGCCUGUCAUUUGCUACUGGGGACUUGCCUUGAGCCUAGCUCUUCAGAAAGAUACAGGCUAAAAAAUACUGUCUCUGCUUUGUUGGGGAAGAGGGCAUGAGUUCAAGUCUCUGAAGGUUUUUCUUACAUUGAAAUGCACUGUUGGGCGAGUCUCCAAUAAAGGAAGUUGGUUGAGUGAAGAACUGAGAAAUCAAUUUCCUUUCAGGGAUGGAGGCCUCAUUGCUCACUACUGAAGCAUUGCUGCUGAUAAACACGAUGUAGGAGAAAUUACCGUAUUUUUCGCCCUAUAGGACGCACUUUUCCCCCUCCAAAAAUGAAGGGGAAAUCUGGGUGCGUCCUAUGGGGCGAAUGCAGGCUUUCGCUGAAGCUUGGAGAGUGAGAGGGGUCGGUGCGCACCGACCCCUCUUGCUCUCCAGGCUUCGGGAACGCAUUCGCAGCCUAGGCAACCCUGCGGGAGGUCCCGCAGGGCUGUCUAGGCUGCGGAUAGCAGCCUGCCGCCCGGCGCAAGGGGCGCCCUGAAGCAGAGCGCCCCGCGCGCCGGACAGACAUCCGCAGUGUGGGGAGCCCUGCAGGAGUUUCCCGCAGGGCUCCCCACGCUGCGGAUAGCAGCCUGCCACCCGGCGCGCCAGGCACCCUGAAGCAGAGCGCCCCGAACGCCGGGCAGACAUCGGCCAGCCCCACAAGCUCGGGGGAGAGCAGGGAGGCGCAGCGCCGCCAUCCCGCUGUUCCUCGAACCGGUUCGGUUUCCCUGACCUGGUUUUGGGGGGGAAAUACAGGGAAAAUAAUUUCCUUUAUUUCCCCCCAAAAAAACUAGGUGCGUCCUAUGGGACGGAGCGUCUUAUGGGACGAAAAAUACGGUAAAGAUUAAGCAGCCAUCUUGCUACUUUUAAGUAGCAGGAAUACGAACACCUGCUCAUCUGUCUCCAGGUGCAUGCAAUUAGACUCGCCCUGUAUUGGAAAGGAAUCAUUAUCUACCCCAAUUGCAGGUCAGCAUGUUAUGUAAUAGGGAUGCAGGUGGCGCUGUGGGUUAAACCACGGAGCCUAGGACUUGCCAAUCAGAAGGUCGGCAGUUCGAAUCCCCACGACGGGGUGAGCUCCCGUUACUCGGUCCCUGCUCCUGCCAACCUAGCAGUUCGAAAGCACGUCAAAGUGCAAGUAGAUAAAUAGGUACUGCUCCAGUGGGAAGGUAAACGGUGUUUCCUUGCGCUGCUCUGGUUCGCCAGAAGCGGCUUAGUCAUGCUGGCCACAUGACCCGGAAACUGUACACCGGCUCCCUCGGCCAAUAAAGUGAGAUGAGCGCCGCAACCCCAGAGUCGUCCGCGACUGGACCUAAUGGUCAGGGUUACCUUUACCUUUAUGUUAUGUAAUAUAUGAAGGGACAGAGGGAGUCUACUGAGUCAGAAUGCUAGCAGAAUUUCACUAGCUUGACAACAAAUUAAAAGCCACUAUUAACUCAUAAAGCAGAAUGAGCUGUACAUUCUCUUUUUGGGGGUGCAACAAGGGACAUCAGAAACAGAAGAAAUGGCCACAACUUGCACAUUCAUCCGAGGUCAGGAACAGAAACCAUGCAAGCGAAUAUAAGUGCUAUUUGCUAUUGUUGUUCUUAGUCCACAAAUGUUACUUUCUGCAUGGUUUCUGAUGCGUCGCUUUCAUUGACCCUGAUCACAUAAUUCAUUACAUUGGUUUUGGCCACAGUGGGGAGAGUGAGGUGAGCUAUAAACUGUAGCAUAACGGAAUGGAAUGGAAACGAUGGUGAGAAAUGGAGGACAGAACAGAAAUGGCUGCAACUACUACUGUAGCUCAUCAACGCUAGAAUGACUGAGCACAAGCUUGAGGACAAGUCCCCAGCAAAUGGGAGGCAGCUAUGCUUUUGUGCUAAAAAUGGAUUGUGUGGUUAAAAAUGGGAGAUGAAGACAGCAUUUACAGAUGAGGUACAUGCUCCCGUGUUCUGCCAGUAACUACUUCGUGUUGUAUUUCCAGUGUGACUUUUUCAUGUGUUCUGUUUCUGUGUUGGAUCAACAUGCCAGGGGUUGGUGGCAAGGAUAGCUGUGCUAUCACCUCCCAUGAGUUGGGAAUGGUAACUUAUGCAAGGGGGAGCCCCUUUUUUGUGCCAUAGGUUCCAUGUGAAGUUCUCCAGGGUUCUGAAUGGUGUGGGAAGCUCCUCCACCAUAGGUUGAUCAAACGCAGAAGGAAAAUGCUUGAACAUGUGCCAUUCCCUGCACAUGGAUUUACAUGCUCUUCGUUAAACUUAAUACUUCCCUCCCCACUUUCCCCAGGCUUUACCUUUCUAGAAAUGAAAUUGAUAACCUACACAAGCCAAGAAUGUGGAAGACUUUCAGGGAAGACUUUGCUGUGGAGCUGCACUUUGGUGAAUGCUAA